AUGGCGGGUAAAACCACAGAUCGCAAGAAAACUAAAGAUAAAGGACCUAUUAGUGAGGCGAGCGACAAUGCUGCUACUUUUACGCUACCUGAUUCCUUACCAUGCUCUGAAAUUGAGUUUCCCGUACUUAUAAAGAGGGUCAAUAAAGCAAAUUGGAAUCUUAUAGUUAAAGAGAGAGAGAAGGAGUUGCAAGAAAUAGAAGAUAGCCGAGAAAGCAAAAUAGAGCCAAUAAUAAAACAGCCCUUUCUUAGGACCGAAACAGAUUACAUAAAAGACCAAGUAUUUGUGUAUUUAAUACCAGCACUGGAGGAAACACUUAAUAAAGCAAAAAUAUGGGAAGCGCUAAAAAUACAAAAAUGUUUUUUCAAUGGCAUUGACAAUAUUGCUCAGUUUCUGUGGAAUAAUAACCCAAGAUAUCCCGAUCGUAUGUCGAGAAAAUCUCAUCUAUUCAACAUGCCAUGGGUUCGAAAACAGCUUCAAGAGAAGCCACGUCCAUACUACCCCAAAUCGUGGUUAUGGCCUGAAGAUUAUGCAGCUACGCUCAUACAAAAGACUGUCCGUCAGUACUUUGUACAGAGGGAGGACGAUGUACAGGAAAUGCGUGAUUUCUGGAGAAAACUCAAAAUUGAACAAAACCUUCCUGAGAUGGAAACCAAUCCAUUUUUGGCGAAAAAGUUUGCAUCAUUGCAAACAUUUCAUAAAAAUAAUUAA